GUGCAUUUGUGCGCAUGGCAAUUUUCGUGUCGUACGUGGCCGUACAGACACCUUCGGGCCCGAUUCAUCGCACAUCAGCUGCCUGGGCUACAUGCGACGAGCCGUGGCUGUGCUUGCCUUCAGUUGCUCCACUGCUCUCCACAUCAGACCUCUGCGCCAGCGCAGCAGUGCACCAAAAAACGACAGCGGCGCGCCGGCGUUGCGAAGAACUCGCAGCACCAUUGCGCUCGCGCUGCGCCGCGUUUCUGCGCCGAUCAAGUCUGCAAUCAGCGCCGCUGCAGUUGCUGUGCUAUCCGUGCUCACGGUCGGGGCGUUAACCCUAACACCGCCGGACACCCUCGAGAAGGCAUCGAUGGCGCCGUUCGCCUGGCAUUUGUUCUGGCGCCGCGUGACGCGGCCCGAAGCCGCUCAAGCCGAGGCGCGAUUGUUAGACCUCGGCCUCGGCGCGGGACGGUGGCGCCGCAGCGACACCGCCGCGAGCUCGGCACCGGACGACUACGUUCAUUCGGUCUCCAUCGACGGUACCGGCGAUGCGACGCUCGUCAUGGUCCACGGUUUGGCAAAUGGUGGUGGCAUCUUCACGCGCAACCUGAGGCCGCUCUCCGCCGCGUUCGCCAGAAUACACGCCGUCGACUGGCGCGGCGCGGGCCUCUCGGGCCGGCCGACGUACGAGCCGGACGACCACGACUCCGCGCGCGACUUUUUGGUUGAUGGACUCGAGGCCUGGCGGGCCAAGGAGGGAGUCGAUCGUAUGGUACUCCUGGGCCACUCAAUGGGUGGCUUGAUCUCCGCCCAUUACGCGUCGCGUUACCCCGAGCGCGUGGACCACCUAGUGUUAGUAGGGCCGGCGGCCGUCCAAGCGAGGCCGCGCCGCGUCCAGCCCGGGGAAUCAAGAAUGUAUGAUUUAGCUGAGCAGCUGUGGAAGGACGGGUACACGCCGUCGGGCUUCCUGAACUUUUUAGGGCCCUGGGGCAAGCGGUUGGUUGAAAGAUAUGCGGUCCGGCGGUACGGUCUGGCGGACGAGGAAUAUAAUGAGGCGUUAGCUGAUUACAUUUAUGCGAUCCAAAGCCUGGGUAUUGGCUCGGCGGCCUCGAUGAACCAGCUGCUCGCGCCGAUCGCCCAGCCCAAGGUUCCCAUCGCGCCUAUUGUGGAGAAGCUGCCGAUGCCCGUGACGUAUAUUUACGGUGAGCACGAUUGGAUGGAUCCGCGAAGCGGCGUGGCCUCUGCGGCCCGAUGCCGCGUCGACGGCGUUGCACGGGUGCUCCCGGGCGGCGGCCACUACAUCUUCAUCGACCAGCCCGAGUUGUUCGAAAACGCGUUGCUCGACCGAGUCGCGCCCGGCGCGCCUCAUCGCGUGGCCGUCCGGCAUCCGACCCCUGCAGGAGCGACGCCGGCCGGCGCGGCCUAUUCUAAGUGAUUGUUGUACACAA